AUGAAUAAAGUUAAUCCUCAUGUGCUAUUACUUUGUUCUAUGAUUGAUAUUGGAAAUCAUCGUUUAGAAGAACUUGCAUUUAAUAGAUGUCAUUCAAUCGAUUUAACUUUCUGUUAUAUUGGAACACCAUAUCGACCAUUUAUUCGACGAUUUUGUUCUCAUGUCAUGCCACGUAUCAGCCAUCAUAUUCAAUCAUUAACAAUUAAUCUUAGUCAAAUAUCGUAUAUUAAAACUUUUGCUGAAAACAACUUUAAUGGAACUUUUCCAAAUUUGACACAUUUGAAAAUAAUGUUGGGGGUUAAACAGGCUAAAACAGGCAUACCUUAUACAAGUAAAUUAUGA